AUGCACCACGAAGCAGUUAUACAAGCAGCGAUUGAUGAUUUGAACUUGCAGUUGGUUCCUAAUUACACUACAACUGCAAAAAAAUAUGGAAUCAGCCGUCAUACAUUAUCACGGUGUUAUAACAACCUCCAAGUGUCAGGAAAGGAAGCAAUCUCUAUCCACUGCAAAAACCUUUCAAAUUCGCAAGAAGAACAGCUCCUUUUUCAUAUCAAUCAAUUGGCAGAUCGCGGUUUCCCUUGUACACCUCAAAUCCUUCAUAAUCUCAUUGUUGAGAUCCUAAAAGUGCCUGUUGGAGUCAACUGGGUGACAAGGUUCUGCCCACGCCGCAAGGAUCUGCAGGCAAAGAUCGCACAAUACAAUAUUGAACCUGGCAAUAUUUACAACUUCAAUGAAAAAGGAUUCCUAUUAGGACUCAUCCACACUCUCAAACGUAUUGUAUCGAUUACCGCCCUCAAAUCCGGACGUGUGAUAGGUGCCAGCCAGAAUGGCAGUUGA